CGGGUCUAGAAGCUGGAACUGGAACCCUCCGACUUAACUCAUUAAUAUCUCGCAUUCCUCUCCCUUCCGAUCGAAUUCUCUCCCUCUUCCGGCCUGCGGCGGCGUGCGAGACAAAACGGCGACCACCGAGAUCCGGCGAGAUCCUCCAGCACAUCCUCUUCUCUGAUCGACUCUUUCAAACCUUCCAUGGUAGUACAUUAGUUGAUAAAGGAGGUCCCAAUCUAUACAGAAGUUGUGGAGAUCUUGGAUUUGGUAAAAAAAAAUGAAAAAGGUACUGCAAGUGGGGUUCUGCAACAAGUCAUGGAGCUAGAUAUCAUACAGGAUGCUUUUGAUCGAGUUUCUAAGAAACAGAAGCUUUCAUCUUCUAAGACCCAGGAACUAAUCAACCAAAUUGAGCAAGAGAUUGAACAGGCAAUAAUGAAGAUGCAGUCAAUUGAGAAUGCUACUAGUUACUCUGACCCAAAACAAAUACUGGCGGAUCUGAAGAGUAAACUCAAUGAGAUUGCCCCAGUGAACCAACUGGAAGCUCUCCAAAAGGAUCUGAACGCUGCACUUGGUAAAUUUGUCAAAGUGGUUGAAAAGAGUUUCAAUCCAGACAUAUCAAAGGCAUAUCGAAAUGUUAACUUUGAUCUGCAUAUAAUAAAUCAGAUUAUUGCAAGCCACUUCUAUAGGCAGGGAUUAUUUGAUCUGGGAGACUGCUUUAUAAGUGAGGCAAACGAGCCAGAAGCCUCAGCCCUGAAAACUCCUUUCCUUGAAAUGUAUGGAAUACUGGAGGCUAUGAAGUGCAGAAACCUUGAACCUGCACUUAAUUGGGCUUCCAGCCACAGUGAAUGGCUAAUGCAGAAUGGGUCAAAUCUUGAACUGAAGCUCCACCAGCUGCAAUUUGUGGAAAUACUGCAGAAUGACUGUGUACAGAAUGCACUCCAUUAUGUCCGGAAACAUUUGGCUCCUAAUGCGUCGGCACACAAAGUUGAGAUUCCAAAGCUGAUGGGUUGCCUAUUAUGGUCUGGGAAACUCCACAAAUCCCCUUAUGCAGAUCUUUUGUCCCCAAACCAUUGGGAGAAACUGACUGAUGAAUUCAUGCAGCAAUUCUGCAGUCACGUGGGUCAGUCAUAUCAAAGCCCAUUCAGUGUGGCGAUUGCCGCAGGUGUCCAAGGACUGCCGACGCUUCUGAAGCUCGAAAGUGUGAUGUCAGUCAAGAAACAGGAGUGGCAAGCAAUGAAGCAACUCCCAGUUCCCAUCGACCUCGGCAAAGAAUUUCAGUUCCACUCCAUCUUCGUUUGUCCAGUGCUAAGGGAGCAAGGCAGUGACGAAAACCCUCCAAUGCUGAUGCCUUGCGGCCAUGUUCUCUCCAAGCAAUCAAUAGUGAAGCUCUCUAAGAGCAGCACACGGGCUUUCAAAUGCCCGUAUUGCCCACUGGAAGCAAGUGUGGCUCAAUGUAGGCAACUUCACUUCUAGUGCUGCAGCUGCAUUGUCGCAUCGCCAGCAUAGCCUGUUGUACCAUCAUCGUCGUUAGUCAGUCAUUGGUGUUUUGUUAAUCUUUUCUACCCCCUCUUUCUCAUGCUCAGCUGUGCUAUCAAAUAUUUCAGAGAUUGAAACAUGGAACUUCUAUCUUUGGCUGAAUGCUAAUGUGUAUCCAAUUGUUUCGGAACCAGGAUGCCAUCACUAUCCUGUGCUUCUGGUUGUUGGUAUGUACAUGCACAUCAUGUUCAUCUUGUAUAGUUCGAUUCACUUCA